AUGGCCAUGGGGUUUGACAUGAAUGCUGCGUGGCGCAGAUGGUGCAGCAGAAUGCAGCGCUCACCUUCACCAAACAUCAGAGAAGGACACUCUCCACGUCCCCCAACGGGAAGAAAGCGAAGCUCGACGUACCAGCCCGAUGGCUCUACUCCUCACACGCUCCCCCCUCGUCGCAGCGCAACUUACUCGGCGGGCGAUCGUGCUGCGAAGAGAAAUGAGGCGUUCCAUCCAUCCCAUCAUCCUCUCAAGUACCUCCCGACGCUCAAGCUCGACACCAAGCGUGUAACGGGACCUGUAACCUUCCUCAACCCUACGAGUGCACUUUUCCAGCCCACUUCCAACCUUUCAAGGCAUGCAGAAACCUCUGCUGAGCGCCAUCGACAAGACCGAGACCAACAGCCAGUAUCCGCCAUUUCUUUCAGAUGGACCUCUCGAAACAACCGUAAAGGCAGACACGCCCUAGCCAUCAACUCAGCCGUCUCCCCUGCUGAGGCUAAGUAUCUGGCUCCACCCAUUACCGCCUCGCUGCGAGAAAUCGCCCGUGGAAUCUGGCGCAUGUUCACCUGGUUUCCAGUCUGGGACAUUUCAUAUGAUGUAGCAACGAUAUUCACACUUGGAAGCGUCGUCUGGGUUAUUAAUGCAUUCUUCGUCUGGUUACCAUUAGUUUGGCCGGAAACUGAGUUCAAGGGUGAAGAGUUGUAUGGCGGAGGCAUUACGGCCUUUAUCGGAGCCACCAUCUUCGAAUUCGGCUCUUUCCUACUGAUGGUCGAGGCGGUCAAUGAGAAUAGGACCGGGUGCUUCGGCUGGGCCGUAGAGCGGGCCUUUUCCCAUGAUUCCGAAAAGGGCGCUUCGGCUUUUCGGCUGCGACCUUCAAAGUCUGCUUGCACGCACCAUCACUUGAACAAACGCAAUCUUGUCGGAAAAAGUUGCAACUCACCUAAUAAGACAUCUUCGUCGCCUUCAUCACCAUCAACGUCCCCUCCUGCCUCGACUUGUAGUUCACAUUCGCAAUCUUGGAUCUGGUUCCCCUCUACGGAAGAUCUUCGUACACACUACAUUCACGAUCUUGGCUUUCUGGCUUCCCUCUCCCAGCUUUGCGGGGCCACUAUUUUCUGGGUCUCUGGCUUCACCGCCCUUCCAGGAAUAUAUGACCGUAUGUCCCGCGUGAUCACCAUCAUAUUCUUUUGGACACCUCAGGUCCUCGGCGGCUCCGGUUUCAUUAUAUCCGGCACAUUAUUCAUGCUAGAGACGCAGUCGCACUGGUACAAGCCUGCUUUCAAAACGCUUGGUUGGUGGAUAGGAGCCUGGAAUCUGAUAGGAGGUAUCGGAUUCACACUUUGCCCUGCUUUUGGAUAUGACAGAGCCAGUUGGGCCCAAUACCAGGCGUGCCUGAGCACUUUCUGGGGUAGUUGGGCAUUCUUGAUUGGAAGUACCAUUCAAUGGUAUGAAGCAUUAGACAAGCAUCCAGUAGAGGUUGACAAGAUGCUUAACGAUGACAGUCAGGAGACAGACCAAGAGGUAGAUAAUGGAAGGUAG